AUUAAUUAAUUUCACUGCUUUUUGAAGGCAGCCUAACUCAGGAGAGAGAGAGAGAGAGAUAAAAGUGAGACCUACCCCUUCUCGAAUCAGAUUGUGCCACGUAGCCCGUCAACCCCAACGAGCUCGCGUCGCCACCGUGAGAUCUUGCACCGACUCCACACACCAAACAAUCGAUUGACACGUUUCCCUAGCCUCACCGCCUGUUUCCGGUCACUUGCUAUCCUUCACCCGCUGUAGCCGGUGGCUUACCCUCUCUUUACUCCCGCUAGGUAUAUAAACACCGACCAGCAGGCGAAAAUUUCUCCUUUUCUUUCCUUCUGCAAAAAUUCUUUCUGAUUACUCUCUACAUUUCCAGGGUUACCUUACACUAAUUUAUAUCUUCUUUUUUUGUUUUUCAAAUUAAAUAUCUUCAAUUAGAGCUUCAAUUUCUACACUCUGCUGUUCGAAAUGAUGUUUUGAAGCUCGAAGCCUUGAUUCUCUUUCCCUCCAUGUUGCUUUAGUGGGAAUUAAUCCAAACGAUUGUUCAUUUUGGACUUCUGUUUUGCUCCAUUGAAGAAUAACUGGGUGUGGAAGAAGGCACUGGUGAACAAAUAGAUGUAUUAUUGUGUUGAUUAGUGCUUCCCAGAUCUAUUUCAAGAGGAAUGUGGAUGAAGCUACAAUGUUUUUUUCCACUUUAGCUAGCUUGUUUUUUUCUUCUGUACAGUAUCCCGUACUACCAAAAGGGUUUGGUACUUCAUAGCCAUUUGCAUCCCAGCCGUUGAGCAUAGGUUCUUCCAAUGGUGCCUUCGCGGGUGGUUGGAGGUAUGGCACAAUCAUCUUCAAGUUCAGGUAUAUUUUUCCAAGGAGACGGGCGAUCCCAGAUUGCAGGAAAUUCUCAGUUGGGUUCAAAUUUUGUAAACUCGUCGCAUUCAUUACCCGGAAAUUCACGGGCCAACAUGGGCCCGCUCUCGGGGGACAUCAAUAACGCAGUCUUGAAUAGUGUAGCUACCUCCGGACCUAGUGUUGGAGCAAGUUCUUUGGUCACGGAUGCCAACUCAGGUCUUUCAGGAGGAGGUCCUCACAUGCAGAGAAGUGCUAGUUUCAAUACAGAAUCUUACAUGCGCUUGCCUGCCUCACCCAUGUCAUUCACAUCUAAUAACGUUAGUAUCUCUGGUUCUUCAGUCAUGGAUGGAUCCUCUGCGAUGCAGCAAAACUCCAAUCAAGAAGGGUCGCAACCUCACCAUAGUCAGCAGCAUCAGGGAGCUUCAAGUGCCACAUCAUUGCCUGGAUCACGGAUGGGGCAAGUUCAGAUCCCUGGUGGUCCUAGGGUUCCUAAUUCUUUCAUUCAGGAUCCAACUUCCAUAUCUCAGCUACAAAAGAAACCCCGAUUGGAUAUCAAGCAGGAAGAUAUUUUACAACAGCAUGUUUUGCAGCAGCUUUUGCAAAGACAAGAUCCCAUGCACUUACAGAACUCCAAUCCGCAGUUUCAAGCAUUAGUUCAUCAACAAAGACUAAGGCAGCAACAGCAACAACAGCAGCAACAGCAACAGCUUCUUCAGUCUAUGCCGCCUAUGCAGAGAGCUCAGCUGCUGCAGCAGCAGCAGCUGCAGCAACAACAACAGCAGUUGAGACAGCAGCUUUUACAGCAGCAGAGCUGCCAGAGCAUGCAGCCUGCCUCGGGAAUGAAGCGUCCGUACGAUGGUGGUGUUUGCUCACGUCGACUAAUGCAGUACCUUUAUCAUCAGAGGCAGCGACCCGCUGACAAUACUAUUGCGUAUUGGAGAAAAUUUGUGGCCGAGUAUUACUCCCCACGUGCAAAGAAGAGGUGGUGUUUAUCCUUAUACGAUAAUGUUGGGCAUCAUUCACUAGGGGUAUUCCCUCAAGCAGCAAUGGAUGCAUGGCAGUGUGAAAUUUGUGGUUCAAAAUCUGGGAGGGGAUUUGAAGCAACUUUUGAAGUGCUCCCCAGACUAAACGAAAUAAAAUUUGGUAGUGGUGUUAUCGACGAGCUUCUGUUUCUGGACUUGCCUCGUGAAUGCCGAUUCCCUUCUGGAAUGAUGAUGCUGGAGUAUGCAAAGGCAGUUCAAGAAAGUGUUUAUGAGCAACUCCGUGUGGUUCGUGAGGGUCAGCUCCGUAUCAUGUUCACCCCUGAUUUAAAGAUAUUAUCUUGGGAAUUUUGUGCGAGGCGUCAUGAAGAACUUCUUCCUCGUAGAUUAGUUGCACCACAGGUGAAUCAAUUACUACAGGUCGCACAGAAAUGCCAAAGCACAAUAUCUGAAAGUGGACCUGAUGGCAUUUCCCAACCAGACUUGCAGGCAAACAGUGCAAUGGUCGUAACAGCUGGACGUCAGCUUGCUAGGAGUUUGGAGUUACAGUCGCUAAAUGAUUUGGGCUUUUCCAAAAGAUAUGUGCGAUGCCUACAGAUAGCCGAAGUUGUGAAUAGCAUGAAAGACCUGAUGGAUUUCAGCACAGAACAGAAAAUUGGUGCUAUUGAGGGAUUGAAGAACUUCCCCCGACACCCGUCUGCAACCAAAAGUCACAUGCAAAAGAUGCAAGAAGUGGAGCAGGGUGGUGGUGGUGGCCCACCUGAUGAUCGAAGCACUCUGAACAAGCUAAUGGCAUUGCAUCCUGGUCUCAAUGGUUCAAUCAACAACAACAAUAAUAAUAAUAGUAACAAUAAUAAUAGUAAUAAUAACAAUAAUAAUAAUAAUAACCAACAACAUCUGGUCGGCCGAGGAGGAGGAGUUGCUGUGAAUGGGACAGCUCAGGCAGCUCGUGCUUUGUCCAACUACCAGAAUUUGCUAAUGAGACAAAGCUCCAUGAACUCAAACCCUCAGCAGCAAGAACCAUCUUCUCCCUUCAAUAACACUCCAGGCACUUUGCAGCAUAAUUCUCCGGUGAGCGGCCAAGCUUCUCAAGUACAGCAACAGCAGCAUUCACCGACACGGAAUGGUCUCUUACAGCAAAAUCAAGCUCAGGGUGGCAGCAGCGGUGGCAGCAGCCAAGCAUUGCAGCAACAAAUGAUCCAUCAAUUGCUGCAGGAUAUGACAAAUAAGAAAAACGGGACAGUGCCUGUGCAACAGAAUCAUCAAGGUGGUGGUGGUGGUGGGAGUAUGUCCAAUGAUGGUGGUGGUCUUGGCUAUAGGGCUUCUCAGGCAAUGACUAGUGCCGGAAAGGAGACGGGGAAUGGUGCGGGGUACCACCCCCCUAGUAGAAGCAAUAGUUUCAAAACUGCUUCUAAUGGUGAAUCCCCAGCGCAAGCUGGCAAUGUUGGAUUCGGCCAAAAAUCAUCGGAUCUGUCCGAUAAUCUUCAGUUAUCUGAUGAGUUCGUUUCGGAUGUUGCCCAUGAAUUUGCGGAGAACGGGUUUUUUAACAACGAUCUAGAUGACAAUAUGAACUUCAGCUGGAAGCCAUGAAAUGAGUAAACGGUGUGUUGAGCUAUGUAUGUUGUAUGGAGUGGCAGUGGAAUCUGAAUGUGUUUCUGUAUAGGUUGUGCUUUAAUUUACCUCUCACUUUUAUUAGCUGUUGCCAGAUUAUCGAGCAGCCAGCUUGAAUGUUCAAUAGGACUAUAGUUGUUGUUUGUUGUUACCUCUUCUUUUACUCGUGGGGUUCCGUUCUUGAAAGGUCUUGUAAUUGUAAUCUAUUUAGAUGGUAUUUAGGAUCUUGAAUUUGCUCUUUUUGAAUUCGGGGUGUGGUAUUGCUUUUCUCCCUGCUGUAAUUUGAACGUGGACUAAUUGCUCAGUUAAAUUGUAUUAGUUUGCUAAUGAGUUCGAAUACUACGAACUUUUAUAGUCAA